AUGGGGCUUUCGUUUAGACAAGCCCGCGCGGUCAUCCAGGGAGCCCCCGAAAUCCACGUGCACACGGGGGUCACCCUGCGCCUCGACUGCACCGUGGAAUACGCCACGCAGCCCCCGACCUACAUCUUCUGGUUCCACAAUGGCAGCAUGGUGAACUUCGACCACCGGCGGAGCACCCUCACCGUCAGGAAGCACAAGUACGGGAGUUCCCUUGCGGUUACCAACGUUACCUGGGACGACGCCGGUUUCUACAGCUGCGAGCCCUACUUGGCAAUACCUGCUAAUCUCACGCUGCAUGUUGUUGCAGGAGAGAAGCACGCCGCCCUCCACAACGGCCAGAACGACAAUGUUGUGACUGAAGACGAGGUACCCCUUCGAACCGCUGGCUCCGCCCACCGCUUCCCUUCCUUGAUGCUGAUUGGCUCGCUGUGCUUAGUGUCCUUUCACUCCGUUUUCUUCCAAAUUCUGACCAGAGACAGAUUAUGAGUGCGAGAUAAGGUGACAAUGUGUGUGAAUAAAUGACAUUGUAAAUAAAAUAAAAAGAAUCAUGGUGUGUGUCUUAUAGUUGAUUUCUAAAAGACUAAAAUUUCAAUAAAAUGAUAAAUAAACAUAAAUAUUGGUUAUUUACAUGAACGUUUAUGGCAAAGACAGAGCUAACAAACAAGUGUAUGGACUGCUGGAACAAGCAAAAAACAGCUUUAUCACCGACCUUGUAUAAAUAAAUUACACUACCAAGGACUUUACAAAGAAAACAAUGAAAUCAACUAUUAUUUUUAAUACUCAUAACCCUUAUGUAAUGUUCAUGUUUAAGUGUUUAACUCUGUGUCUAUCUAAAAGGAUUUCUCAGUGUAAUAGAUGGGUAGGUCUUGUACAUCAGUGUAUUGGCGUACAAUACUUCACAGUAAUUAACA